AUGAUUGGUGCUGUUUCACUGGGUGUCCUUGCUCUGCUUUCCGUUCCAUUCUUUCGUCGAUGGUCGUAUGAGAUAUUCCUCCGGGCGCAUCAGAUCCUCGCCGUGUUGUUUGUCUACGGUACCUGGCGACAUCUUCCGAAAACAAGCGGGCCCCCAAAACUUUACCUCUGGAUUGCCUUGGGGAUCUUUGCGCUGACUUCAUGCCUACAGCUCGUGAUCCUUCUAUAUAGAAACGGGCUCUUUGCGGGCCGCGGUGUUCCAAGGGCCCUAGUAUCGUUUAGCAUGAGGGAGUCUAAGAAGGAAGGUACUGCUGCAACAGCCACCCAAAUUCGCGUUCUUCUGCCUCGAUCUGUGAAAAUGGAGGCUGGACAGUAUAUCAACCUCUGGAUGCCGUCCGUCAGUCUAUGGUCAUGGACGCAGACAUACCCUUUCACAGUCACAUCGUGGUCUAGAGGUAGACAAGAUACCAUGGAACUAUUGGUACAACCACGCCAUGGUUUCUCGGUGAAUCUUCUUCGCUACGCCGCCGCAGCUGCAGAGGGCUCUGUUUCUUUAUUAGUCUUAUUCACCGGUCCUCACGGCAUGAGUGAAGAUGUCAGUCAUUAUGAAAGCGUCUUGAUGGUCGCUAGUGGAUUUGGGAUCACAGCGGCAAUCCCAUAUUUGAAAAAAAUAAUCUACGGUUAUAACACCUGCACCUCACAAGUUCGCCGACUGCAUUUGGUGUGGCAGGUAAAGUCGAUUGGCGAGAUUAUCGCGGCCCAAGGCCUACUAAAUAACCUCCUCAAGGACGAUAUCAUGGAUGAAGGCUAUAUCCUCAAUAUCUCUAUUUACGUCGGGAAUGGCCUCGAGCAGAACAAGCUACCCUUUGGUCAGCAUAAACGAGUCUCUCUUUACCAGGGUACGCCAGAUUGUGGAAGCAUAAUUUCGCUCGAGGCAUCAGGCGACCAGAUUGAGAGGCUGCCCAACAUACGGGACGAGCAAGGUCGAACGCUGGUGAUGGGUAAGGUCCUCGAUUUCCUACGUUGCCCCUGUGUUGAAUUGACCAUGCUGGCUAAGUCUCUGCGACGGAUGAACUUCGAGACCACAUACGGGAGACGGUACGAGGAUACAUCCAUCGGGGUGUAA